AUGGCUGAUAGAUGUUUGAAAUAUCUCUCGAUAAAAUCCAUGAUUAUUAUUGCGGUUUUAAUUGAUGAAAUAUCGGCUCUGUCUAUUUGUCCAACGGCUGUUUGGGCAUUGAAUGCAACAACAGUAGCUGGUUCAUCAUCAGGCUCAUCUGGUUCCACAUUGACAAAACUUAAAACUCCGAUUGCCGUUAUUGUCGACAACAACAGUAAUACUUAUGUGGCUGAUACUGGAAAUUAUCGUGUGUUACAAUUUCCGGUAAAUUCCACUACAGGUGUAUUAAGAAUCAACGGUAGCUUUGGUACUGGAUUGAAUCAAUUCUCGUCGAUGACUGAUAUGGGUAUGGAUGCCAAUGGUAAUAUCUAUAUACUAGAUGGAACUUUAGCACGCGUAACAAAAUGGACACCAGGAUCUGCGAGUGGAAUUCUUGUAGCUGGUGGUGGUCCUUUUAAUGAUUAUUUUGAUGGACAUGUGGAUAGUAUGGGUCAACCUGGUGGAAUGUUUAUUGAACCUCAAUCAUUAUUUAUUUGGAUUGCUGAUACAAACAAUAGCAGAAUUGUCAAAUGGGUAAAUUCAUCAACAGUGUUAACAGUUUGUGGUAGUUAUGGUGCGAACUCCAAUCAAUUUAUUAAUCCAUUAGGAUUAUUCGUUGAUACAACUGCUGGAAACACACUUUAUGUAGUAGAUAGUGGAAAUCAUAGGAUACAAAGGUGGCUUCCAGGUGCAACUACUGGAGAAACUGUUGCUGGAAUAACAAGUUACUAUGGUAGUGGACUCAAUCAGCUGUGGAGUCCAAUAGCAAUAGUUGUAGACAGUAACCAGAAUAUGUAUAUUACAGACAGGCUCAACUGGCGAAUCCUACAAUGGAAAGUAGGUGCAAGUUUUGGAAUAGACAUUGCAGGAACGGCAUUAAGCAAAGGAACAGCGCCAAAUCUGCUUGGUAAUCCAUCUAGUGUUAGCUUCGACUCGAAUGGAUCACUUUUUGUUGCUGAUACUACUAAUAAUCGUGUACAAAAAUUUGCUAUUUCUUGUCCGACAAAUAUAUCAACUACAACUGUUUCAUCAGUAGUAACUACGAUGAUGCCUAUUUCGACUUCAACUUGUCCAAUGACUGUUUGGGCAUUGAAUGCAACAAUAAUUGCUGGUUCACCUAUAGGUAUUGUCGGUCUUACUUCAACAUUGUUAGAUGGUCCAACAGACGUCUGGGUUGGUAACAAUGAUUCGAUUUAUGUCAUUGAUUGGGGUACAUACUAUCGUGUGCAACUUUUUUAUCCAGGUAGUCAAUCAGGAAUAACAAUCUUUAACGCCUCCUAUGGCACAAAUUUCAAUCAGUUCUCUAGCAUGGAUGCUUUUAGCAUUGAUAUGAGCGGCAAUAUCUACAUACUUGAUAAUGGAAACUCUCGUGUUACAAAAUGGGCCCCAGGAGCAUCCGCGGGUAUAGUUGUCGCAGGUGGUAACGGAUCGGGUAGUUCUCUUAGCAAACUAAAUAGUCCUUACGGCAUUUUUGUUGAGCCAAAUACAUCCUAUAUUUGGAUAGCUGAUUCAAACAAUAAUAGGAUUGUCAAAUGGAUCAAUACAUCGACUGCAAUACUGGUUGCGGGGGGAGGCACUAGUGGUUCAAAAGCUAAUCAACUUUAUUAUCCAGAAGGAUUAUUUGUUGACACAUCUGAUUCGAAUACACUUUAUGUAGCAGACACAUAUAAUCAUAGAAUCCAAAAAUGGCUUUAUGGAGCAAGCAAUGGAACAACAAUGGCAGGACAAUCAACUGUGUAUGGUAGUGCACUUAAUCAACUUAGUUCUCCAGCGACUUUAAUUAUGGACACGAAUGGAUCAAUGUACAUUGUGGACUAUGGAAAUCAUCGAAUCGUUUUAUGGUUAUUAGGUGCUACAUCGGGCACAGUUAUUGCUGGUUCAAAUACUUACGGAGUAUUACCAUCUCAACUAUAUCAUCCUUAUAGUGUCAGACUUGAUUCUACUGGAGCAUUUAUUGUCCCUGAUCACGCACCAAAUACGGUUUCAUCAUCAACAACAUCAGUAUCAACCAACUCAAUAUCAAUUACUGCUACUUUACAAAAUACAACAAUUACUGUUCCACUUACUACCAAUAGUCUUACAACAUCAACAAAUAACCCAACAACUAUACUAUCAGCUUCAACAUCAAUCGCAGGUUCAGUUACACCAUCAACAACAGUUUCAACAUCAGCAAUAGUUACACCGUCAACAACAGUUUCAUCGUCAGCAGUAGUUACACCAUCAACGACAGUACCAACGUCACCAACAGUGACACCACCAACAACAGUUUCGACAUCAGCAGUAGUUACACCCUCAACAACAGUUUCAACAUCAGCAAUAGCCACAUCAUUAACAAAGGUUUCAUCGUCAGCAAUAGUUACACCCUCAACAACAGUUUCAAUGUCAACACUGGUUACAACAUCACAAAAGAGUAAUUCAAUUAAUACAAUAACAAAAUUAUCAUCAACAAUGGCUGCAAGCUCUCAAUCAACAAAUCAUUCAUUUGCAAUUCGUAAUUUGAAUUCAAAAUUAUUAGUAUUAUCAUUUUGUUUCAUUAUGAUUUUUAUCAACAAUUAA